AUGGUAUCGCCCACGCAGGCCGACCAAGACGAGCUCGUGGAUGCAAUCCUGCAAGAGUUGUCGACCACUCCGUAUGCUGCCUCGUCGCUGACGCAGCUGAGCGGCGGCUCGACCAAUUUUGUCUUCCGCGGCAUCCUCGCUCACCCGUUGCCGUUGCCGUUGCCCUCACGAUCCGAACCGGAACCGCAACCGGACCCGACCACUGGCAAGACCAUCAUAGUCAAGCAUUCCAGGGAUCAUAUACGAGGCAACAAGAACUUCCCGCUUGCCGUGUCGCGUUGUAUCUUUGAACAAUCCAUGCACCACGCACUCAAUAGCUUCCCGUCACCGUCCUCAAACUUGAAGGUCCCGCAUCACUACCUGUUCAACCCGAGGGCAAACAUCCAGGUCAUAGAAGAUUUCCCCGAUGCGGUGGAUCUGAAAUCGAUUCUCGUCCCACCUUCACCCUCACCCACCACCGAAGCCAUCUUGACACCGACAGUGGCGACGUGCAUUGGUCACGACAUCGGAGUCUGGCUUCGGUCCUUCCACCUUUGGGCCUCGGCGCCAGCGCAAUCCGCCCUUCGCCGAGAAUUGGGGCAAAAUGAGCCGAUGCGAAAGCUAAAGCGUCUCGCGUCCUAUGAUAGCUUCAUCAACAUACUCGAGAACUUCCCAGAGACUCUGGAAGGGAUCAGGAAGCCAUUGGAAGAAGUCAGGGAGACGGCGGCCAGGGAGUUCAACAAACCAGCGACAGAUGAUGGCGGAGAGUACUGGGGCGUCAUCCACGGAGACUUCGCGGCGUGCAAUGUGCUGGUAUCGGACGUGCCAUCGUUGCAAACAAACAACCCCGAAGCACCAAAGCUCGUCAUCAUCGACUGGGAGCUCGCCCAGGUCGGUCAUUGGGCAUAUGAUCUGGGCCAAAUGAUCGGCGAUCUCUAUGAGCAGAAGCACUUCCGUCAGGUCGACAGUGCUGUGUGGAUAGUCCGUGGCCUUGUCGAUGGCUACGGCGGAUUGAGUGACGAGCUGGCCUUUCGGACUGCCAUUCAUGUGGGUGUGUGGUUGCUCGGCUGGUAUAAUAGACGCCACCCAAAGUUGCCCUUAAAAGGAACCCCAGAGCAGAUCGCGGGUAUAGUGCAGCUCGCCACAGAUGUCAUUCUGAAGGCAUGGGCGAAAGAUAGGACGUGGUUUGAGGCCAGUGUGUUUGCACCGCUGUUUGGUGGGACCCCUGCCUAG